GCCUCCUCCUCCACCGGCGCCUCCACCGCCGGCCUCUCGGUGGUCAAAGUCCUGAGCGGCGCCGAGGCGGCCGGAGCGGCCGGAGCGGCCGGAGCGGCGCGCGGCGCCGCCGACGAGAGCCGGCGCCUGGAGCACCAGAAGAAGCAGGAGAAGGCCAACCGCAUCGUGGCCGAGGCCAUCGCCCGGGCGCGCGCCCGCGGCGAGCAGAACAUCCCGCGCGUCCUCAACGAGGACGAGCUGCCCAGCGUCCGGCCCGAGGACGAGGGCGACCGCAAGCGGCGCCGCAGAGCCGGCGAGCGCGGCGCCGGCCGGGACGAGCGGCCGCGGCGCGGCAAGGGCGGCCAGGCCGGCGGCAAGAGCAAGGCCAGGGGCAAGGCCAGCACCAUCACGCCGGUGGUGGGGAAGAAGCGCAAGCGCAACGUCUCCUCGGACAAUUCCGACUCGGAGGCGCUGCCGGCCCCGUCCCCGCGCCGCGACGACGACGCCACCGUGCAGAAGCGGCGCUCGAACCGCCAGGUGAAGCGCAAGAAGUACACGGAGGACCUGGACAUCAAGAUCACGGACGACGAGGAGGACGAGGAGCUCGACGUCACCGGGCCGGCGCGGCCCGAGCAGCCGCCGGCGCCGCCGCCGCCCGAGCCCGACGGCGCCGAGGCGCUGCCCUCCAUGCAGUUCUUCGUG